AUGGCAAGUUUUACACACCUUCACCUGGACUUUCGGAGACUUUUGCAGAAGCUGCUGGUCAUGUUUUUCCUCGGCAUCGUAUGCGUCUCUCUGUUUUACUUUCUGGCCGGUUGUUGUGACUCAGAAAUUCUGGAAAACUCCGAUAUAAGGCACUCCAGUCAGUUUCUCUUUGCCGAAUGGUACCAAGCAAAGAACGGAUCGCAUCCCAAGAGCAUGAUAACUGCCUCCAGUGUUGCUGCGGAGGCCAGCAGUGUCACCAAAGCGCCAAGUUUUGAAAGUUUGGGAAGAGAGUGGACAGCGACCAGGAAACUCCCUCAAGCUCUUAUCAUAGGUGUUAAAAAGGGGGGAACCAGAGCCCUGCUGGAGUUUCUGAGGCUUCAUCCUGAUAUCCGCGCGCUGGGGUCGGAGCCGCAUUUCUUUGACAGGCAUUACGCACGCGGACUUCAUUGGUACAGGAGCAUGAUGCCUAAAGCCUUGGAUGGACAGAUUGUGAUGGAAAAGACACCAAGAUACUUUGUGGCCACCGAGACUCCGGCACGCAUCCACGCCAUGUCCAAGGAGAUCAAGCUCAUCGUGGUGGUGCGAGACCCCGUCACCCGGGCCAUAUCGGACUACACACAGAUCAUUUCGAAGACGCCCCACAUCCCCAGCUUCGAGACGCUUACAUUCAAGAACAGGACUACGGGACAGAUUAACGCUUUGUGGAGCCCCAUCUGGAUAGGCCUGUAUGCCGUGCAUCUCGAGCGGUGGAUGUCCUACUUCCCCCUGUCUCAGAUACACUUUGUCCAUGGGGAGAAACUGAUCACUGAUCCUGCUGGAGAGCUCAGCCGCGUCCAGGACUUCCUGGGGCUGCAGAGGAUCGUAACAGACAAACAUUUCUACUUCAACAAGACCAAGGGAUUUCCAUGCCUGAAGAAACCAGAGGGCAGCAGCAAGCCACACUGCCUAGGCAAGACCAAAGGCAGGGUGCACCCCAGAAUUGACCCUGAGGUUAUUCAGAGACUGAGAGACUUUUACCAGCCUCACAACAUGAAAUUUUACCAAUUAGCAGGUCAGAAUUUUGGCUGGCAGUGAUCUCAUUUGAAAGGGUGGUAGGAAAAGAUAAUAUCUCUCCCUGAAUCAACCCUCUAAGAAGGACCUUCUUGUCUUUGAUCGUAUUGCACUGGCUGUUUCUAGUUAUCCUUUGGGGUUGAAAAUGCUGCAGAAUUAGCCAAAAGAACCAACAGACAUUUAAGUAACAGAAUCGGAAAAAAUGUAUGGCCAUAUACCAUGACGAAGUGCUGGAAACGAGAAUUACAUGUUUGAAAUGUCCGUCUGUUGUGCAGCUUUUUUUGGGUAAUUUAUUGUGGGUAAUUCAUGGGGCAUUUUAUAACGUCUGUAGAUAAUUCAUGUGACACCCCCUCUACUGUGUAUGAAAUCCAUUAAGACUGUGUGAGGUGUCUGCCUUGAUGACUU